AUGGCGCAACGAGUGUAUUCGCUCUGGAUCUUUGAUCGGCACUGCCAGGUAAUUUACCACCAGGACUGGUCGCAGCUGCACGCACAAGUUGCCGGCGCGAGUGCCGCUGCAAGCGCCGCAUCGUUCACUUCGUCGCUCGGAGCAACACUGCAGCGCGCCGCUGGCGGCGCGUCGUCCGAGGCGCGCACAGAAGGCAAGCAUGGCGCGGCUGCGUUGCGUUUUCCGGGAGAAACGCUCCCGGAUGUGAGCCGACAUGUUGCGUCGCAGGAUACAGCGCCGGAGAAUAUCGAGAGUGCUGCACUCCCUUUUGACGAGGAGGCCAAGCUAUUGUAUGGCCUUGUCUAUUCCUUGCGCAAUAUGGUGCGCAAACUUGGCGGGAAGAAUGAAUCGUUUUACAGCUUCUCCACGUCAACAUAUACCCUCUCGCACCUGCAGACUCCGACGAUGUACACAUUUGUCAUGAUCACCGACCCCCCGCCAGCACGCAGCGACGCGGGCAAAGCGCUCGCGACUAACCUUGCAGGGCUCAAUCCGAUUCCAGGCACGAUGGGGAUGACACUGCGCGGUGUGAUGCACGAGCUAUGGUGCGGCCCGUGGGUCAAGUACGCGGCAAGCCACCCGAUUGUCGACUGCACAGAGCGCGAAGCCGCGGCUGGCGCGUACGCGCGGAAUUGA